GUCAUUGUUGCGGAAGUGAAAAGUCUACGUGGGGAAGAAAGGUUGGUCUGACCGCGUUUGAAAACCUUACACACCAGCAGCGCCGAUGUCCAAUCCAGGUUAGCUGUGUGUCCCCCUUGCCGAAACCCGUCUUCCUCCCCCGCCCCCCGUUAGUCAAAUGGACGCGGUGAGCAGCAGCCGGAGCGUAUAAAUGGGACGGAGAGCCGCCGACAGCCUGUAAUGCUGCGCCGGGUGCGGCAGUCUCUCCGGCAGGUGCUGUUUCUGAUGGCCCGGAGACCGGGUCUACUCUGCGGGGCUAUCGUGCUCGGCGUCCUGCUCAUACUGGCCGUCAAAUUCACAUGCAGCCGGGCUAAAAAUGUGGUGGCAACAGCUCGGCCUCCGGUGCGGUUCUUCUCUGCCGAGGCCCCGGUAGUGGACCUCUACUUGGGUCAGCUAGACCAGGUAGAGCGUCUCAGGAGUAUGGCGGAGGUAUCUCUAAUCUUCUUCUAUGCACCGUGGUGCGCUCACUCGAUGGCUGCCCGGCAGGAAGUGCAGCAGGUAGCUAAGAAGCUGGCCAAGCAGGUGCAGUUUUUGGCUGUUAACUGCUGGUGGAGUCACGGGAAAUGCAGGAGGCAAAACCGCUUCUAUCAGUACCCGAUCAUCCAUUUGUUUUAUAGAAGGUUUGGGCCAAUAGAGUACAAGGGUCCAUUAGUGGCUGCCUACGUGGAAAGUUUUAUCCUCAGAGUCAUCACACCGCUCACUUACCUCCCAUCCAGAGCCACACUUGAAGAGUUCCUCUCCUGUCACGAGCCUCGAGUGGUGGGUUUCUUCCAGUUUCACUCCUCACCUCAGCCACCGGGGUACAUCACAUAUCUGUCCUCGGCCCUGCAGGCCCUGAAAAGGGAUUUUCGUGGUGUUGUUCGUUUUGGGGUCAUAACAAACAAACAGGUGGCGGGGGCCAUUUCACUCACAGAAGAUGAAACCGUUUACCUUUACAGAAAAUUAAACUCCUCUUUGAUCUUCCCUCGAAGGGAGCGCAACUUCACAUCAGAGGCCAUCUGUAGCUGGGUGUUUGAACACCGCAAGACCGUCCUCCAUUGGCUGCAGCCUCCAGGAACAAAGUCCCGCCUCCUGGAACAUGAGCUGACUAAAGGUCCGGCACUGCUGCUGUUCCUGCCACACAAUCCCCUCGGGUCCAAUCCCAGUCCCAUACUACAGCAGGUUGCGGACAUUGCUGUGCGUUAUCAUUCCUGUGACAACAAUAACCACUCUAGCUUGGACAAAAGUUUCACCUCGCUUUGCUGCCAGUCAGUUCUUCUUCCAAAGUCCAGUACAAGUGUGUGUGAGGUGUGCCUCAGCUUGUCACAAUCCAUCCUGACCAGCUCCUCUGUAGGUUGCUCGUUCCCCUCCACGGCUCAGGGAGGAGACCUGCUGCAUUCUUAUCUCAGAAACUGCUGCCUGCACCAAGUGUCUGCACCCAUGUCCAUAAAAACCACAACCUUAGUGGUCUGUAGCAACUUUCUGAACAGCUACAGCCCAUUUAGUCAAUACAGUGCCUGCUGUAGAAAAGUAGAACCUCAACUCAAUGAUUCACAAGCCAAAGAGGAGCCAGACAUGCAAAGAGUUCCCCUUACGCCUGCUUCUUCGUCCAGCCUUCCAUCCUCUGGCCCUCAGCAGGGAGGAGACGGCAUCACAGGGCUCCGAUGUCGGACCAACAGGACGCUCAGGUUUUAUGUGCUGGACGUUGCUCUGAACUGGCCUCUGGCGAUGAGGCUUGGAGCAGCAGGCAACAGAAGUGCUCCUCUUCACCAGGAGGCUGAUGCACAAGGGAAUGGGAGCGGUGACGGGUCGUUUGCAGCUAUUGUGAACCUGAAGGAUGAGGUUCAUUAUGUUCUCCACCGCAACCCAGCAACCACACUGACAGAGUCUCUGGAGGCCUUCAUCAGGAACUUCAGUGCUCCGUACAGCCUCUUGCAGAGACACUUGGUCGGAGAAGAAGACAGCAAAAGUGGCGAGGGGGAAACCAGGCAUCCAGACGAACACCAGCACUCGCCCCGGCGCCCCCUCAUCACAGAACUGACAACCUCCACCUUCCUGCCUUCCGUCAUGGACCUCCAGAAGGACGUGCUGCUGUUCUACUACACUCAGUGGUGUGGAUUCUGCUCUGUUCUCAACCACAUCAUCAUCCAGCUGGCCCGAUUAUUACAGCAAGGAAACAGCACAAUCACUGUUGCCAGGGUGAAUGUUGCACGUAAUGACCUUCCAUGGGAGUUCAUGGUGGAUCACGUUCCCUCUAUUCUUCUCUUUCCCAAAUACAGAAAACAAUUUAGUGUGAAGUUUCCUGACGAACUGCCCAUCACAUUACCCAACCUCCUUCACUUCAUCCUGCAGCACUCCGGCUAUGUAGAAUAUGCAGACAAACCAGUGACAGCUCCCAGCGAGGCAGAGGGCCCAGGACCCGGUGCCAUCUUCCGUGCAGAGUUUCUGGCACUCCAGCAUGAGGUUCAACUGCUGCAUCAUGCCCGCGAGCGUCUCUCCCAACAGCUGGCGCAGCUGUGGCGUGACAACCGGCGACUAACAUUUGACACUCGCAGCUUAGAAGCCCAGAACGCAGAGCUGAAGCAAGAAAGGCAAAGCUUGGAGGAACAGCACCGGGAGAAAAGCAGGCAGCUUGGGGAGGCAGUGAGACGGCUGCAGGAGCUGGCAGACGCCUCCGAAAACCUGCUGAAUGAGAACACGCUGCUCAGGGUCCUCCUGAGGGCUCUGAAGGACAGGACGGAGGCUAAAGAGCAGGUGGAAGCGGAGAGAAAAGAGGCAGAACAGAAAAGAAGCCAUAUGGCCUCCUGACGUCGAAGUCUGCAGGGAAUCCCGAGAGCGAGAGAAGAGGAAGGGAGAGGAAAGACGGCCAGAAAAUGAAGGGAGGACUGAAAUGGAUGAGAAUGAGCAGCGGUUAGACCUGUGAUGUUGUGAAACAGGAGGGAUUUGGGAGAUCAUGUGACACCCACAGGGCUGUGACCUAAUAAAUUCAUUCAUGGGAGAAAAUGAGGAGAAAAUGACAGUUGUGAUCCGUCAGAAGAAAAAGCGUAAGACUGCUGCCAAGUCAGGACAGAAGUCAGGAAAGGUGGAUAAGUAGUGAGGGAAACAGCAGUGUUUGUCACAGAGUACUUCGUUCGAGUGCUGUGAUGAUGAACGUGGGUCAUAGGAACACACUAGCAUGGGAAUUAAGUGCCAACUAUCCAUUUAAAACUACUCAGUUCUAAAACUGCGCUUGCAAAAAGGUAAUGUCUGUUGGACGGUGAAGACGUAACUACAAACACCCUGCAGCCAAAUUCUAGACCUUCCCUGAGUCUCAAAUAACAGCAGUGGCCAGCAGCUCAUUACUCAUCAAAUAUGAUUUAUUACUCGUCACUCUUUUCAAAUGUUGUAUUAUUACUUUAUGUAUUAAUCCCUGCCGGCAAUAGUUUGUGUGUGAAUGUCAGGCGAAUCACAGCUGAGGCUUCAAACUAUCUGCUUUUUUUCUGCAGCCUAAUCAAUAAAAGUUACAGGCGAGAAGACACUCGCGGGAUUUUGAUUGCGGGACAAAAUUUUAAACAACUUCUGUCUUUUAAAAACGACAUAAGUAGUAAGGUUUUAAGUAGUUAUUUAAGAUAUUAUUUUGGGGGAGUAACUGUAAUAAUAUUACUGAAAUUUAAUACUAAUUAGUUACACUACUUAUUACUGGUGAAAGUUACAUUAUUACUAGUGAUGUUGCUGCCCAGUACUGGUGGUCAGCACAAACAAAUAAACACCAGGUUAAAGAGGAAACACUGAGUUGGUUGAACUUCACAUGGUGAAUUGACAGCACCAAUUCCAUCAGUAUAACCAUAAUGUUACAGUCAUCAGUCUGCUGCUCUCUGUCUUUUUUAACACAAUGUUUUUCAUACUAAUAAAAAAAUUCCAGUUGUUCCGUCUUUUUGCGGCGCUCCUGAUACAUUUGAAGCUAGCUACGUCAUCAGAACUCAGCACUUCCGGGGGUAAAAAAGGCAAAGUGGAACGCCUGACUGGGUGUGCUCAUGGAAUUAGUGCUGUGGAAGUGUACUGAAUUUAUCUGGACAAACUGUGAAUGUGGACGUAAUUUUUAGUUUGCAUUAACUGGGCACUCCCUCCAGGAUUGCACAGGCUUUUUUGGGGGGUAUUGUUGCAGCCUACCUGCCUGAUUUCACAGCAGCUGUUCUAAAAAAAGGAAAUGACGUUUUUAGGGGGGGCUUUUGCAAUGAAAUUAUGGGAUAAGCAAAAAUAAUUGCUUUUUUUGUAUAAUUAAUUAGAAAUGGUAGGCAGAAGAGAAUAAAGUCACUAGCUGUCGGCGUAUGGCUCAACUUUUUCCUCUGGAAACUAGAUGAUUGGAGGUGAUAAGACAACAUUUGCUUUGGUUGAAUUUCUGUUAAAUGUUCUGUUAAAACUUCCUGGAGGGACUGACUAGGAAACAGGAAAUAUUAGAAAUAAAUACAGAGUUCUCUCUGCCACUGAAGUAAAUAUAAAUGCCACAAUCUAUAUUUGAGAAUUUCCACUGUGCACUCGCCUGCUGCCCUACAAGCUGAAAGACGAUGAUGAUAUUUUCCCAACAGUCCUUUUGCUUUUAAAUUAAUGUACAGCAGCAGGCGAGUUCAUGGCUGCAGGGAUGUAGAGUUUGACUGCAGGGGGAGAGGGCUACUAGUGAAGCUGAGACUUAUUUAAUACUGAAGGUGUCGCAACUGCUCGCCGAUCUGCAGGUGAGCCUAAGAGCACUUGAAAUAAUUAGCAAGAUUUCCUUUUUAUUUUGAAAGGGAUAUAGUUCUUUUGUUAAACUGAUCUAUUUUUACAGGAAUCCUUGAGUCACUAAAAUAUUAUUUCUAUGUAACUAUUCAGGUAUUAAGAAUGAGAUGCUGCAAUUGUUUACAUGUGAAAUAUUGCACCUGUUUUUACUGAUUAAAAGUCUUUCAUCUUAUUGUC